AUGACGGAUAGCGCUACUGCUACUACUGCUGCCGCUGCCGCUGCUGCUGCUCGUGCUGGCGGAAGCGAAAGACUGUCUUGCGACAUCAAGGACCGUACCUCUGAAUUCCGCUCCUAUCUCUCACACCACCUCGCCUCCCAAUCCACCAACAGCGGGGGCGCAUCCACCUCUGCUCCCAAGACCCGCCCCCCGCCAGCCACCAAGGGAGAAUUUGCAAAGCGAGCAGCAGCCAUCGGAAAAGACAUCUCCGAUACCACGGUCAAGCUGGGACGGCUGGCGGAGCUGGCAAAGAAGAAGAGCUUGUUCGAUGAUCGUCCAGUGGAGAUUUCGGAGCUGACCUAUAUCAUCAAGCAUGACUUGGCAGCUAUCAAUCGGCAAUUGGCCGAUCUGCAGGCUCACUCCAAAAGUGGCAAGGCAGGGCAGGGCAAGGACAACAAGAAAGGAAAGGACAGGGCGGAGGAGCACAGAGGGAAUGUGGUGACGCUGUUGCAGAGUAAUCUAGCGAAUGCCACGACGGCAUUCCAGGAUGUACUGGAGGUCAGGACACAAAACAUGAAGGCCUCGAGGGAUCGCUCAGAACAGUUCGCUUACGGAGGAGCUUCAUCUGGUAUGGCUCCAGGCGAGCAGUCAGUCCUUCGCUCCCGUCUCCCACCUGCUCCCUCAUCUCGACCAGACUCACCUCUAUACAACCCUGGGCGUACACGGCCACCGCAAGCAGCAGCAGCUCGAGAUCAAAUUGGUGGCUCCACUCUGAAUGUGGAUGAUGGGUACGACCCCAAGAGGAAGACCAAGGCGGGAGGGUAUCAAGCCCUGCCGCCGGGGGAAGGGUCGGGAGAAGCGGGAGGUGGUGGGAAUGAUGACUUCCUGGCUCUGAACAUGGGCGGGGGGCAGCAGGAUCAAUUUAUGCAGAUGCAGUUGCAAGAGAAUGGCGAUUCGGCCUACAUGCAGCAGCGCUCCACGGCCAUCGAAUCCAUCGAGUCUACCAUUUCAGAGCUGGGCCAAAUCUUCUCCCAGCUAGCACACAUGGUCGCCGAGCAGCGAGAGACGGUGCAGCGCAUCGACGACAAUAUCAUGGACGUGGCGGACAAUGUGUCUGGAGCACAGAGGGAGCUGCUCAAGUAUUAUAAUAGCGUAGCGAGUAAUAGGUGGUUGAUGUUUAAGAUUUUUGGAGUCCUCAUCGUCUUCUUCCUCCUGUUCAUCCUAGUCUCAUAG